AUGACGAGAACACGCUUUCCAACAAGACUCAUCCUCACCCUCCUCGCCCUCCUCACAUUCUUCCAACCAAUCCUCUCCUCCCCCGUAACCCAAACCACCGAACCAACACCGACCCGACCAAAAGCAGCAGCCGCCACCCCACAAAACACAUCCAUGUUCUGGCUCGACUACACCAAAUCCUACGACCCCCUCGCGCCGGACCCGACACCAGCGCCGGUGCGAGCCGAGAACGCGGGGAAGGAAUUCGAGUUCGCUCAGACGACGUAUUAUACAUGCAUUACGAGGGGCGGGAAUGAGCACUGCGGGUGGCAUGUGCCUAUCUUGUGGGUUGCUGAGGCUGGGGCCGAGAAGGGGAGGAGUGGAAGCGGGUUGUGGGGAAUUGUGGCGGUUUCUGUUGUUGUGAUUUUGGCUUUGGCGUUUUAG